AUGGGAAAGGCUGCCAGGAGUACUUCUGCUCGUGGUAGAGCACCCGAUUUCAGCGGCCCAGAUAACAAUGACGGGAAUGACUUUAGGAUGUCGAGUGUCCUGCAGACGAGCACCGAUCUAGCUCCUACUCGCGCCAAUCAAGAUCGAGAGCCAACUCCGCCCUCCAAGGGCAGAGAGGGUCCCAGGAAGUUUGAAUUCGUCCUGGUCACAGAUUCCGAGUCCCGUAGGCAGGUUCGCCGCUAUGCAAUGCGACAAUAUGUUCAUCAGCGCCGCCUUGACGGUAUUGCCCGGCUAGAGUCGAACAAGGCAAGGGUCCGUGGAUGGACGACCACAGGAGCUGGCAGCGAUGGCAUCUCUUCGCCAGCGAUUAAACAAGAGGACCACGAAAGCUCCUGCGACUCGAAAAAUAUUUCCAAUUCCGAGUCCAGCGGGAGCUCUAUCGACUUCGGGGAAUUAGACGCACUCGCUUUGUUCGCUCCGCGAACCGAUGAGGAGAUCAGGGCACGGGAACCAUUUCGUGGAUCGCCGGGUUUAGAUCCACAAGCCGGUCCAAGCUCUGGAGUUAUAGACCCUUUUGAUAGUUAUCCGCUGGCGUUGAGAAAGGGUGACCAUAAUCUUAUACCUCACUCGUUAGAAGUUAUUACGAGAUACCCCCUUAUGAUGUACAAGAUGGGCCAUGCGCACCAACUUAAUCCGAUUAGAGCGAUAUUUCAUCGGGUUGCGAUUCACGACCCUGUUCCUUUUCAGGCCAUGCUAGCUGUCGCGUCGAAACAUAUGGCUGGCGUUCAUGGUCAAACUGACACAGUGCUGUCCCUAACCCACAAAAUGCGUGCGUUGAGACUGCUAAAUGAACGUUUAAAGAAUGAUCCUUGGGGAAAGCACGAAGGUACCAUAUAUACAGCAGCGAGCAUGGCUGUAAUUGAAAAAUGGUCUAAAGCUGAUAGCGUUGAAAGCUUGCACAUUCGUGGGCUUAUACAACUACUAAAGAGACGUGGUGGAAUGCGAGGGAUGCGUAUAGCAGGCCCAACAAGUCAAUUCAUGGAAAAGAUCCUUUAUUGGGUGGAUUUUAGCUGUGCGCCAAGUGCCAUUGUUGGUACCUCCCUUCCAUGGACAGGAAAUACCCCAGACAUAGCCCCUACGCUUCCGUUUAUGGUCCCAAGACUUUGUUUGGACACAUCAGCCCUUUCCGAUGAUCAAGAAAUCACUAGCAUUCUUCAAUCUUGUGAGGAUUUCUUUUCGUUCUUCCAUUCACUUAAUAAGCUGCAGCAAUUCCUCCUUGGCCCUUCUUCCUUAUCGAAAAUCGGGGAUUUGGAGCAAGACAGUCUACCCAAAAACAGGGCACCUUUUGACAGCCUCUCGCCACUAUAUAAUAUUCUGUCGUCCCUUCCAGAUUACGAUCAUGGCAUACGUGAUAUUCGCUAUAUUGAUGAGCAUUGCUGCAUGGCAUGCUUGCUAUAUCUUAAUCUUGCUCUUUACGACUACUAUUUGACCUCCCGGAAUUUUAACGAUUAUUUGGCGUGGAUCAAUUUUGAAGUCAGAAAGCUCAAUCCCAACGGCGGUGCUAGCAUCGCAUCUAUACUUUGGAUAUUCUUGGAUAACGGUGGCUUCCCAGGCGGGGAAAUAUCGGAUCAUGGUGAGCGAAAUUGGCUCGUAUCUCGAAUGUUACGAGUUGCCAAACGAUACAAGCGUACAGGACCUGGAGAUAUGUGGGAUUGUCUCCGCUCAACGCUCUUGGGGUUCCUGACUAUACAUCAGGAAUGUGGGAUCGGCGACGACUCCGUUGGCCCGGUAGAACUGAGCGCUCGGAGACGCUGGCGACAUAAUAAACCUAUGAUCAUACUAGAGGAAGCCAGGUUACGCGAAAUGAUGCUUGAUCAGCUUCGUACUAGUCUUCCCACCCCCUGA